AUGGCCACGCAGUCAACUUCACCUGAACCGGCAGGUCUGGACGAAGCUAUGGUUGGAGCGUUGUCCUCGUUGGAGGCCCGUGGAUCGAGCCCUGAAAGCUUUCUAUACAGAGAGCUAUGUCGGACGCACUUGGGGGAAAGAGCGGCCGCUAUCUUGGAUAUUCUGAUUUCAAAGGGUCGCCUGAGCGCUAGGGAACUUUGUGAUCGGUCAGAGAUGGAUCUGAAGGGCGUGAAACGGAUACUUGUGUCGCUUGUGCAACUGCGUUGCGUACAGUACCAUCGGGAAAGCGGAGGUGGGCGUCCCACAGUAUACUACUACUUCUGCGAAGACGGAAUGCUACUCAUGCUCUACGCGGGGGAAAUAGUGGACACCAUCAAGGACAUGUUCCAGGAUGAAAUAGCAGCCCAAAUCGUGCAAAACGUGCUUGCUCUCGGUUCGCUCACCCUCAAGUCGUAUUUGAGCGCAGGACUGUCCGAAAACUCGCCCAUACAGAUAUCGUCGUGGUUUGCCAAACUCGCCGAAGCUCGCUUUUUGUCUCCGCUCACCGUGACCGACUACUCCACCCUAGGUGACUUGUGGACAACACUCUACACCAAAGAAUACAGCGCAAUUCCCAAGUCGUCGACUCUGUCGGAUCUGAAAAAACGUAGUGAGGCUAAGCAAAAAGCGAAAGAACAGUUCAAUCGUAUUCUCAGUCCUCCCGACCUGUCCACGUUCAUUAUCACCGACCCGCAAACCUCUCUCAGAACGGUUACCGACUCCGUGCCUCUCACCUUCAACCUUGGGACCUUCCUGAAAGUGAAGCGUUCAAAAGAGCUGGUUCAGUUUUCUGCAGCAAGAGUUGGAACUGUUCCAGCUGCGGUAUAUAAGUGUUUCCUUCAGGCUACAGAAAAAUAUUCUCCAAGUGUCAUAGAUCCCCUUACCAAGACAGGACUGCUGCAGGACGCAGAUGAAAUCAAUGCAAUUCACGACGAAGCCACCUAUGCAGAGGAGCAAAUCAAGGGCGUUGUUAUCACUGCUUCGGACGUUGCUCAGUUCCUCCCAUCGUCGUUGGACCUACGCGGUACUAUUUCAUCUCAAAUAAAAAGAGCUCGUUCAAGCGGAACCGAGCCGCACCAUAACAAAAGAGUCAAGACAGAAGAUGGGUUUGUUAUUCCCCCGUUACCCGCGAGCGCCAAUGCAGAGCAUGAAGUUGACAAUGACAAUAUCGACUUGGAUUUCGAUGAGAAUGACUCAGAUCCCCAUUCUGUAAUGCUCAUCAACGCACAUUUGAAACUUCUAUCAACCAAUACUACUCCCUUUUUGAGAGAAGGAAAUCCCGGUCGCUUUUACGUUCCCUACUCACAGCUUUUGCCGAUGCUGAAAUCCUCAGUCUAUGAAACUUUGAUAAAAUAUACAUUAGGACCAUCAGCUGCUAGAAUCUUGCGCUGUAUUACUGACAACAAGCUUGCAUCAGAAAAAGUUAUCAAUUCCAUGGCCUUAAUGAAGGAGAAAGAUAUUCGCUCAGUUGUAUCGGUCUUGAUAAAAUACAACGCUGUGGAAAUUCAAGAAGUUCCGCGAACCGCUGACAGAGCCGCCUCAAGAUCCGUGUUUUUAUUUCGCAGCAACAAGAAGCACGCUUACGAUUUUAUGAAGAAGAACUUAACUUGGAAUAUGGCCAAUCUUUAUCACAAAAUGGAGGAUCUAAAGAAUGAAAACAUUACAUUAUUAAAGAAGGCCAACAGGGAUGACGUUAAGGGGAAAGAAGCCGACCUUUUACUACCUAGUGAGCUUAAUCAGUUAAAAAUGGUCAAUGAACGUGAGUUAAACGGCUUGGCCAGAAGCCAAAGGCUGCUGUCAUUGUGGGAAAUCUUCAAAUUUUUCUAA